AUGUCCUCUACACCAGAGCCACAGGAGCCAACACCUCUGACAGACCCGCAUGGUUACUUUGCGCUGUUCAAGUUCAACCUCCGCCUGCCGCGGUGUCCGCGUACGGGGUUGAGCGUGAGCUAUGCCGAUAUCGGCGACCCAAACGGCGUGCCCGUCCUCUUCGUACCCCCAUCCGGUUGCACGCGCUGGUUUGGAGCUCCUCAAGACCCCUUGGCUGCUGGGUAUGGCCUGCGUCUGAUUAUUGUGGACAGACCAGGCGUGGGGGCGGUGCCCAUGGUGCCGCUCGCUGAUCGGAUAGAGGUAUCGUGCAAGAUCAUCGUGUCUGUGCUCGAACACCUCAAUGUCAAGCCAGCGCACAUGAUAGCCACCAGCGCUGGUGUCUACUGCGCACUACGCCUCCUCUCCACGUACCCCUCGGCCUUCCUCACUGGUCUCUCGCCCCCUCCAGCGGUCUACUUGAUAUCCCCUUGGUCCCCACCUUUACCGGCUACAGACCCUCUGGCAUAUCGGCAACCGCUGGACUGGAUUCCCGACGCGUUAAUCUCCACCCAGGACAAGACGCUGCCCUACGUCAUCCCCGCACUCAAGAAUGCAGAAGAGGCGUAUGGGACAGCCUCCAAGGCUGUCGGGGAGGCGAUGGGCGCUGUAAAGUCUUGGUGGGGCGGGUUGGUCAAUGUCAGCGUUGGUGCCGGUAUCACGGAUCAACAACAACCAACACAACCGACACGGGCCGACGAUAAUACCCAGAAUGGUGCAGAUCUCGACGGCGUCGACCACUCGUCCAACAACACUACGGCCCGUAGCGAACAUGCGGGCCGCGAGACGAUCCCCAUGCCAGAGGGCGAUGCGAUCAAUGCGGAGGCGGGCACCGAUACGGACAACAAGCCUCGUACGCGGCUGUGGGCGCCCAGCGCCAAAUACCUCACAAUGGACUAUCUCUACGCCGAGGACUUUCGCGGAAUCGGGCAGGAGCACAUGCUCUGCCUCAACCAAUGGCUAAGCAAGGCCCUCGCUACGCACCCUCGUGAGAUCCAGUUUGCUGCGCAUUUUGUGGAAGAUGGCGACCACUCAGACCUCAUGCUUCGUGCCCAGGGCAUUGGUGAGGUCUACACCGCCAUUAUGGUGCAGGGCGACAGUACAGAGCGUACCAAGGCUGCUGGUACUGAAGAACCGUCCGCCAGUGAGGCGCUUGACGCCUUAGCUGCAAGCUUGUCCAUCAAUGAGGACGACGGGCAGUAG